CGGACCCGAACCAGUCCACCAGAGUAUACUGGUUUUUUAAAGCUGUGUUCAGACCGGCCAACCAAGUGGCUGCGCACACCAACCACACCAGACACCACAACAAGCGCCGGCCAGGCCGUUAAGACUUGGUCUCAAUCAACUCUGUCCCAAUCCUCUCAUCUUCUCUCUCCUCCGCACUGAUUGACCUGCCAUAUGUCCACCUUCUCAAACCAGAAACAAAAAGUAAAAACUCUUGACAUCUUCAAUGAACUCGUUGUAACAUCAACGAACUGCUGAGAUUUCUCAAAUACAGUACUAGUACUAGUGUUUGUGUUUAUCUCUUUUUUGAAUAUGAGAGACCUAUUGGCCAUUUUUGUGCUUCUGAGUUCGCUACAGUUAGUGCAGUGCCAAGUCGAUCCAACUCAAUUCAACAAUCCUGCUGUUCUUUCCUUAUUCACUGAGGUUGUCUACGGUCGCCUCUCGAAUCUCACCACCUCAAUCCUCAGUAGCGAAUUCGUCAACAAUGCUAGCUUCUGCAUCAAGGAUCCGAAUCUUGAUUGGGAUCGUGCUUUCAAUUAUUCUUCCGAUUUGAGCUUCGUCAGUUCUUGCAUUCGGAAAACUAAUGGAGAUGUUUCACGACGCCUGUGUACAGCUGCAGAAGCAAAGUUAUACUUCAGUAACUUCUUCAAAGGGGGAUCAUCAAGUACCAGUUAUCUAAAACCUAACAAGAAUUGUAACCUAACCUCUUGGGUUUCUGGUUGUGAGCCAGGUUGGGCAUGUACCGUUGACCCAAAUGAGGUGGUUGACAUAAAAAAUUCAAAGGAAAUACCAAGUAGAAAUCUUAACUGUCAGCCUUGCUGUGAGGGUUUUUUCUGCCCUCAUGGUAUUACAUGCAUGAUACCUUGCCCCUUAGGUUCCUAUUGCCCACUUGCAACACUCAAUAAAGCUACUGGUGUAUGUGAACCAUACGUUUACCAACUACCUCCAGGACAGCCAAAUCAUACUUGUGGUGGGGCUAAUGUUUGGGCAGAUGUUGGUAGUAGUAGUGAAGUAUUCUGUUCACUCUCGAGAUCAUAUUGUCCGACAAGUAUCAAAAAAAUUCCGUGUGGUAGUGGGCAUUACUGCAGGAUGGGUUCUACAUCUGAGAAACGGUGCUUGAAGUUGACUUCAUGUAAUCCCAACACUUCAAAUCAGAAUAUUCGCGCAUAUGGUAUUAUGCUUAUAGCUGCUGUAAGUACUCUGUUGCUUAUUAUUUACAACUGUUCUGACCAAGUUCUGACCACUCGUGAAAGGAGAAAUGCCAAAUCCAGGACCAAAUUACUCCAAAGUGUAAGGGAGAAAGCACAGGCACGAAAGAGGUGGAAGUCUGCUAAAGAUGCUGCUAAGAAUCAUGCAUUGGAAUUACAAAGUCAAUUUUCUCGCACGUUUUCUCUUAAAAAAACUGUGCCAUCUUCUGGUCAAUUCAAGAUUUUGAAUCAAACUGUAGUUGAAACAGAUGAAGAUCUAUAUUCGCCUAUGACUCCAAGUACUUCGACUGUACCUGAGCAAUCUUCUGUUGCAUCGAGAGGAAAGAACAAAGAACCCAGUGAACUCAUGAAUAUGAUGCAUGCUGUUGAAGAUGACCCUGAUAGUUCUGAAUUUCACAGUUAUGAGGUUGUAGAUAAAAAUACAAAAAAGAAAAUUCCAGAAAAACCUAUGCAUACACACAGCCAGAUAUUCAAAUAUGCAUAUGGUCAACUAGAGAAAGAAAAAGCUCAGCAGCAGCAAAACAAGAACCUUACUUUCUCAGGAAUAAUUUCAAAGGUGACUAAUUCUGAAACAAGGAAAAGGCCCGUAAUUGAGGUUUUCUUCAGAGACCUUACGCUUACUUUGAAAGGGAAAAACAAACAUCUUUUGAGGUGUGUUACUGGGAAAAUAAUGCCUGGCCGCAUUACUGCCGUCAUGGGUCCAUCUGGGGCUGGAAAAACCUCAUUCCUUUCUGCUUUGGCGGGAAAAACAGCUGGAUGCAAGAUGACUGGUUUAAUUCUUAUAAAUGGAACAACACAAUCAAUCCACUCAUUCAGAAGAAUCAUUGGGUUUGUGCCACAGGAUGAUAUUGUGUAUGGAAAUUUGACUGUGGAGGAGAAUCUCUGGUUCAGUGCAAGGUGCAGACUAUCUGCAGACUUGCCGAAGGCAGAUAAGGUUCUCAUCGUUGAAAGAGUUAUUGAGUCCUUGGGGUUACAAGCAGUGCGGGACUCCUUGGUUGGAACAGUAGAGAAGCGAGGAAUCUCAGGAGGCCAAAGGAAGCGAGUAAAUGUUGGCCUGGAGUUGGUAAUGGAACCAUCACUUUUGAUCUUGGAUGAGCCCACAUCUGGUUUGGACAGUUCGUCCUCAGUGCUACUUCUCAGAGCACUUCGACGUGAAGCUCUUGAAGGGGUCAACAUCUGUAUGGUUGUCCACCAACCAAGCUACACCUUGUUCAAGAUGUUUGAUGAUUUAAUACUUCUAGCAGAAGGUGGUCUUACUGUUUAUCACGGACCUG